GUUCUACACAUUUAGAUCUUGAUAAUAGGGCACCUCCAAUGAAGUUUUUAAAGAGGGGUUCUUAAAAAAAAGCCAAAAAAAAAAACCAAAAAGCUAACGAUAGGUUCUUAAAAUAGAGUUUUUAGAAUUGGUAAAAACCUCUAAAGUGUCUUUUCCUUAUUGGCUUUUUGUGUGUAUGUCUCUCUCUCCCUUGUUUUUUUCUCUCUUUGUUGUCUCUUUUUCUCUUAAAAACUUCAAAAAGAUUCUACCAUUGAACAUGACAAAUUACAAAGGAUUCUAAUCUUCACAAAUUAUAAAAUUUACAAUUAAAUUAAUCAUUAGACUAACCAAUGGAGAUGGUCUUAUAAUUCUGAAUGACUGAUUCGUUCUACGUGAUUCGUUCUUUUUCGAAAUCGCUGUUUGUACUUAGUUAUUUUAUUUUUAACGAUUUAUAUGCACUAAUAUCUUUAACUUUAUCUGAGCCGACUCUGAAAUUUUAGAGAUUAUAUGAACAAAAGUUUUAACAAAAAAGUUUAUAAAAAUAUGAAGAUUAUAUUUAUGUAAAUUAUUUUUAAAAUUUUGGAGGGCAUAGACAAAUGUUUUACUUGACUAUCCACAUAAACUUUAUAUAUAGUUUGACAGUUAAGUUUUGUUUGUUCGCAUAUAUAUUCUCCUAUGCCCGAGUGUAAUUCAGAAUUAAGCAUUACUAUUUCUAUUAUCCAGGUCAUUUUAUGCACAAGUGUAAUAGAAUUACUAAUUAUAUUCACAGGUCAUUUCUGUAAGAAAUGUUCACAUUGAUUUAUUGUUAAACCCGAAAUUAGAAAGUCUUAACCAAAUGUAUCCAAUGAACUGUCUUCUCUAUUGUUUUUCAUUAAACAUUCAAUUUUUCAUUUUCCUCCAAAUUAUUAACUAAUAAUCACAGCAACUGUAAAAACCAUAAACUAACAAAUCCCGCAAAGCCUCCUUAUAAAUUGGUCAUCUCUAAACCCUUCAAUGUCUAUAACAUACUCAAGAACAUCUUAAGCAUUAACCAAAUCAAAAUCUCAAAAGAACAAAAGGAACACAAAAUGGACCAGAAAACAAAACAAAUUGUCUUUUUCGUGUUGUUCUCCCUUUAUUUAUCUUUCUCUAACAUUUCAGUCGCUGAAACACCUUGCACGUACGAUCAAAAUCCAGAGAAUGGACCAAAGGGAUGGAGCAAACUAGAUCAUCAAUGGAAACCUUGUAACAACGGAAAACUCCAAUCUCCGAUCGAUCUCACUAACGCAAGAGUUAGUCGUGCUCAUGAUGAAACAUGGAAAAUACACCACAAACCAGCCGAUGCUGUAAUUUUGAGCCGAGGACACGACAUUAUGGUAUCAUGGAAAGGAGAUACUGGAAAAAUGAUGAUACAUCGUACAGAGUUUAAGUUGGUGCAAUGUCAUUGGCAUUCACCGUCUGAGCAUACCGUUAAUGGAACUCGUUAUGACAUGGAGCUUCACAUGGUUCACACGAGUGCUGAGGGCCAAACCGCAGUGAUUGCAGUUCUUUAUAAAUUAGGGAGACCUAAUGAAUUUCUCACAACGCUAGAAAAUGAAAUAAAAACAGUGGGAAAAGAAGAGAAGGAAAUAGGAAUCGUGGAUCCAAGAAUUAUUGGGUUUCAUACCGACAAAUUCUAUAGAUACGUCGGUUCUCUCACUGCUCCUCCAUGCACUGAAGGUGUUAUUUGGACCGUCGUCAAAAGGGUGAAUACAGUAUCAAUGGAGCAACUUGCUGCUCUGAGAGACGCCGUUGAUGAUGGGUUUGAAAGAAAUUCAAGACCGAUUCAAGACACAAAUGGAAGAUCGGUUUGGCUAUACGAAACAAAUGUUUGAGUUGUAAUUGGAUUAAUCUCCAGAUUGUAUCGUUUCGUAUAUUAUGUUUUGAGCUUUUCUUUUUUGGGAAUUUUAUCGGAAUUAAGAUUCAAGUCGCAAAUAUGAAAUACAAAAUACCGAAAGUUGUGUAGUUUAAUUUCAGUCAUACACUCAGAUAUUACCAAGAAUUUGAGAUAAUCUCACGUCAAAAAGGGUCUAUCAUGACAAAAGCGCGAGUCCGGAGUUUGAUACAUAGUUUGGGAUCACUAGUGUAAGUGAAUCUUCUUGUCUUUAGUUACAUCAUGAUAUAAUAACAUAAUUUACCUUUACUUAUAUCGCAGAGACCGCAUUUAGAACAUUUGAUCGAUAGGAAACAACAAACUAUGUGGGAAACCUCGAGGUCGUCUCUUUUAAAGCUUUGUUUAUUGGGACCCUUGUUUAUUUAUGUCCAUCUUAACCGAAUUUGUACCUUUUUUAAAAUAUCCCUGAACCCUGGACUCUGUUAAAACCAGUUGGUUUUGAGACUCAUUGGUUUCCAAAAAAAAUGAACUAAAAGGGAAAACGUUACAAGAGAAUAUGAAAAUAUUUAAGUUAAAAAAAAAAAGAAUAUGAAAAUAUUAAUGUUACUGAAAAUUAUAGGGGUUAAACUUGCAAUAAUGAUUCUGUUUGUAUUCUUGACUAAUUUUGAUAUUUCUCAACAUAUUUAGGUUGAGAAAAUGAAGGUUGGCAAUUGAUCUGGAAGUGGAGAUGUUAAUAAAUAUAUAUAUGUUAAGAUGACACUAAUUUAUUAAUAAAUAUAUAAAUUAAUAAUAUUAAGAGGAUAAUCUCUAUUUAAUAGUAUUUAUUAAUGUCUAUAAGUAUUAAUUUACAGUUACAUAAUUAAAAUAUGUUUAAUGUAAAAUAUAUAAAAAAGUUUCAUUAUUUAUAUAAUAAUUAAUUUUUUCAUAUAAUUUUAUUUUCGUAUCAAAAUAUUAUAAAUUUGUACAAGAAUUUCAAAAUAAACUCUCUUGUAAAUAAAAACAAAUAAUACAAUGUUUUUAGUGUGUACAUAAACGUUAGAAAUAUCAAUUAUUAGUUAGAAAUUUAAAUGAAUUAUAUAUAUAUAUAUAUAUAUAGAGUUUUUAAAAUCAUUAGUUUAUCGAAUUAUAACAUAUUCUAAAUCAAUCUAAUUUAGAACAUGUAAAUUAUAUUAUAAUAAUAUUUAUUAAAAUUUAUGGAGUUUAUAUUUUUUUUAUUGGUUGUUUCGGGCCUUGUCACUAUUUUUAUUGCUCAUAUAAAAAAAAUCAUUUAACUAACCCAGAAAAAAAAACUAGAGAAAACCCUAUUCGCAAACAUCCAAUGGA